GUUGGGGGCGGGUUGCUUGCUUUUGUCCCUCUGCCUGGCAGGCCGGCUGUGUUUCUCUGCGCUUCAAGUUUCCCUGGGCACAGGCUCCACCUCUCCGCCUCCUGCCCUUCCAGAUCACACCGCGAGCACCUUCCCGUCCUGGCUCGGCGCUCCUUCCUGGGCAGACGCGGAGAGCCGACACGGGCCAUGGCCACAGCUUUCGCCCCCAAGGCUAGCCAGAUUCUGAUGACCCCGGAGCCGCACUACAUCCCCGGCUACGGCGGGUACUGCCCCCGUUACAAGUUCAUGCUGGGCCAGACUUAUGGGAAACUGACCUCGCAGCUGCUCACUAGCCCCGAGGCGGAUCACUCUGGCCGGCUGCUCCUGCAGCCCAACUGCUCCCCCAGAGACACCGAGGAGCCUCCGGAGCAGAACGAGAGCGGAGGAACGCUCCCCCUGCUUGGCUGCAGAACCAUCCCAGGUUACACAGGAUUCAUCCCUCGGGCCCAAAACCACUUUGCCAAGACCUACAGUGAGAUCUGCAAGGAGGCCAGGAGCGAGUUUGCCCGGCAGCUGCUGAGGGGAGCUGAGCAGCGGGAGGCCUGGAAGGUGGCCAGAGGGGAGUCUCCGAAGGACACCAAGCCGGAGUCUCACAGCCUCGCCCCCAAGUGCAAGACCCCCCUGGCCGCCGUGUCAAAAGCUGCCGCCCCAUAUGUGUCUCGCCACGCCUUCCAGCCCCAGGGAUCGCCCUACUCUCUGGAAGACAGCAACCCACAGAGGCACUUCAUCUCAGGCUUCACUGGAUUCAUCCCUCGUGCCCAGUAUCUGAUUGGGGCAAGCUACCCAGUCAUCACCCACCGAGCUCUGGCAGAGUUUGACCGGAUGCGAUGGAGGCAGAAGCAAGGGCCUUCUGGAAGCAGCUGCGAUGCCCUCCCUCCGCUGACAAAGACCUACCCCACAGACACGGGCCUCCUGCCCCACUACAGGGGCUACGUUCCAGGUUACAAGUUCCAGUUUGGUCACACCUACGGCCAGCUCACCUUUGACGCCCUGGGCCAGAGCACCCUGGAGAAGCAGGUGCUGGAUGGGCAGCCAUGAUGCCCCGCCCUCUCUGGGACUCCCCCCCCUCCAGGAGCCGCUUCUGCCCCCUUGCUUUGUGUGUGUGGUGUAAGGAAGGGAAACCGACAGCCAGGAUGGAAGAGGACCCCUUCAACUCCCCCUCUUCCUCAGACAAAGGAUCCCGGGUGGGACUUUUUUGAGGCGGGGGUGGGGAU